AUGCACCCUGUCCGUGUUCUGUCAAGGCGGCAGGAUGGCUUGUCUUCCGAUGGAGCUCCAUCAACCACAGAAUCUAACCGUCCCUCUACGACAUCAUCUGUGGAUCCAUCGCCGACCAUUCCUACUGUCACUGCUACUGCUGUUGCUACUCAGCCGAAUCAACAACCUCAAUCUAGCUCUGAUACUAAAUCGACUUAUGUUAUUGUAUGUACCUGGCAUCUUUUUCUCAUGAACAUGUGCGAAAUCGAAAUUCAUUCUGAUAAUUAUCUAUUGCAGGCAAUCAUUAUCACCUUAGUCGGACUUUUGGCAUUGCUAUUUGCAAUUUACCUCAUCCGUCAAACCCGCAUAAAACAUAAAAACCCAAAAUAUAUACCAACAAUAUUUUUGAAAAAGGCAUGGGAGAGUUGGGAACCGGAAGCUCAUCGAUAUCGCCUGCCAGAACAGAAUGAUCCCCACGAGUACACAGGGGCAGCCGGUGUAUCUGGUGUUGGUAGAAGUUUAUCAGGUCACCCACCUUCAUCGUUCAAUAAUGCCACUCGAACUGCCGUCGACAAUAUCGCAAACAAUACCGCUGGAGGGGUUGAUAGAAAUACCUCGAUUCGCUCGGUAAUGACUUUACCGGCUUACAAUAUGACACCGGGACAAAAUGAGCAAGUAUUAGGGCGAGAGGGCGAUCGAGGAGGUAUUGAUGUCGUUUUGGAAUAUCCAGAAACUAUUAAUGAAGAAGAGACUCAACGAGAGGCAGAGAUGGAGGCAUUGUAUCAGGUUCGACUUGCGAGACGACGUGAAAAUGAGGAACGAGAAGAGAGGAGACGGUUAAGAAGAGAGGCUAGAGAACGAGGAGAUCAUGUUGCGUUAAGAGAACUUCAAUCUCGACCUGCGAAUACCACUACUACUGGACCAUCGGUCGAAGAGCUCAGAGCAGAGCAUGAUAGGAUAAAGAAAGAACGGCAACGAGCAGUUUCGUCGGUUGCAUAUGGCGACUUGGGAGUCGCAAGACAUGACGGUACACGACUACGCGCGAAUAGUGAUGAAAGUGAACGACAAGGAUUGCUUGGCGAUGCAGCAAGUAUGGCCGCAAGCAGCCACUAUCAUCGAAGAGAGCGAAGCGCAAGUUCGGUAUUAAGUAUUGAUACGGUGAAUUCGGAUCUGCCUUCGCCGGGAUAUACGAGAUCUCGAGCAAAUUCCCGGCCAGAUAGUCCACUUCGUCGUUCUGUAGGCCCUGAGGACUCAAGUGAUAAUCGUGAGGAUAGAGCUGGAAGUAGCCCUGAGAUGAUAGAUCAUGACGAUAUUCCUUUGAACAGUCCUCCUGGAUACGAAAAUGUAUCGUUAGAUACACCACAAGCAGAAGCAUCGGCCCUACCACAUCACAUGAUGGAACCUCCUCCCGAUUAUACAAGCCCAAUAUAUGGGAGAGGAGAGGGGCCCACUUUGGAGAGUGCGGGGUAUCGAAGAUCGCAAAAUCUGGAUGAACUGAUGACAGAAAGAAGGACAAGUACCCACAGCACACAUUCAGGUCUCUUGCCCCGAGAUGAUAGGCGUUCAUCUACACGAUCAACUCGAGGUGUGGGCGGCAUCCCACAACUACCUAGUCUACGGUUGGGCUCUUUGCCCUCGAUUCACGUCGACCCAGGAAGUCCAAUGACAUUGGGAGCUACGGAGAAGGGCCAUAGCCCCCACGACCAGAAUCACUUUGGUUAG